AUGAAGUGGUUAGUCGUUUUUCUUUUAUCAUUUAUUGUUUUCGUCGUAGCUGACAAACAUUUAAAUGCUAAUGCUCCUUUUGGGAAACGCCAUUCAGUACAUGAUGAACCAAGUCCACAUGCCUGUAAUCGAGGUACCGGGUUUGGUUUUUCUUCAAAUUUCUCAACGGCUUUGACAGUAGCGACUUUAAAUGUAUCAGCUACAGUCUAUACUAGUAAUGAGCAGAUCAAUGUGACUUGGACAUCAACAUCAGCUUCAUGUACCGAUGAUUUCAUUGGAGUUUAUUUUGCCGAAAUUCCUCUUACUAACGCCUGCGGUUAUUUUGAUUAUGAAUUUGUCAAAUCCAAACAAACUAGUAUGUCAUGGCAAAUGAUCAAUCUACGCCAUCCACUUCAAUUUCGUUAUUAUUCACGUGAUCAUUCUUGCUCAGGCAAUUAUUCAUUAAUUGCUCAAUCAAUCAAUAUUCAACCACUCAAUUACAAUGAACCAACACAUAUUCAUUUAGCUUAUGGUGAUCGAUUAGAUCAAAUAUUUGUUUCCUAUCUAACUAAUUCAUCACAAUAUACUUCUCAAUGUCAAUAUGGUUUUGAUCCAUUUUCACUUGAGUUUUAUAGAAAUGGAUCAACAACAACAUAUACAGCAUCAGAUAUGUGCGAAGGAAAAGCGAAUACAUGGGGUCCACAAACAUUCAUCGAUCCAGGAUAUAUGCAUACGAUUUUAUUAGAAGACCUUCGUCCAUCAACAACCUAUUUUUAUCGAGUUGGAAAUAAUGAAUAUGGCUGGUCAUCAAUCUAUUCAUUUACAAAUCGUCCUGCAACUAAAGAUGAAGCAGUAACCUUGAUUGCAUAUGGUGAUAUGGGUUUAUCACCAGUACAACCCGGUGCUAAGUCAACUAUCGAUCGAGUAACAACACGAAUCAUAUCAUCAAAUAUUACUUGUUUGUUACAUAUUGGCGAUAUUAGUUAUGCUCGAGGUAUUGGUGCACUAUGGGAUGCAUUUAUGACUCAAAUACAACCAAUAGCAGCUCGUGUGCCUUAUAUGGUCGGGAUUGGUAAUCAUGAAUAUGAUCAUGCUACAGGAGGAGAUAAAGAUCCAAGCGGUGCACCAGGUCCAGGAGGAUUUAGACCAGGAUGGAAAGUUUGUCUUUAA